AGGAAAUUCAUUUUCAUAUUCUCUCCUAUUCUGCUCACCCGACGCACCGAAAACAGCUGAGAACUGCAAAGUGAUUUGUCAAGAGGCGCAUAUACACAGCAUAUCACCCUCUCACCCCUCAAGCCAUCCCCGUCUAACAUCCGAAUAUCUGGCUUCACAUUCUCGAACACCCCCCUCGCUCUCUCCCGACCACCACCAGCCCCCGUCCAGCCAGAUUAUGCACACCGACCCCACAUUCAACCCUCACCAACACCAGCAUCAGCACCAGCAGCACUCGUUUACCCUCUACCCGCCUCUGUCCAUCCCCACCCAGUCCGCAUACACCAAGCGAAACGUCUGUGUCUUCCACGCCCAGGGUCGCUGUACCAAAGGUGCUGCCUGCCGUUUCUCGCACGACGACGCAAACCCCUUCUCGCUCUUCAACGCAGCUGACUACUUCCCUUCCCUCUACCCUCCCACCAACGUUCCCAAUGGACAGGGUGUAGACCCCCGCGUACAGAAUAGGUCGUUCAAGGAGCUCCAGCAUCGCACUCGUCUCUGUUCUUUCUACCUCGCAGGCAAAUGUAACCGCGGUGACCGCUGCACCUUCCUGCACGACCCUGCGGCACUCGAGGCCGGCGUCACUGCCGAAGAUCUCGAGCGGGGGCGCACGGGCAGGCCGGAUGGGUGGACUAAGCUCAACGUUACGUGCAAGUUCUGGCUUUCCGGCAGGUGCAGGAAGGAAGACAGUUGCCCAUUCAGGCAUGAAGAGCCCGAACUCGAGCUCGAGCAGGUGCUGCCUAAGCCCGACAGGUCUCGUCCACGCAGCCUCAGCCUCGUCCAGCUCGAGAGCCUGAUUCUCAAGGACGGGUCGAGCCUUCUAUCCCCUGUGACGCGCCGUUUCCGCUCGGGUUCGGAGACCUCCGAAGAGCCCGAAGGGGAGGAAUCUCCCUCCCCGCCGGCUUUGUCAUCUGGUACGAGCGAGACAGGUGAAGAUGUGCCCGUGCCUGACACUCCCGGCUCGGAGGACAUGCCCAGCGAGAUCGGCUUGGACAGUGAGAAGCAUAUCAGGGGUAUGCGGUUCAAGUCCGUCUCGGAAGGGGAGAGGAGGACAGUCACUCGGACUUUCCUCACCGACCGCGGCGGUGAAGCGACGACGAUCCUUGGUGCUGGCCUACUCGUCCACCGCGUGAUGCUUCCGACCGAUGCGUGCUCUGUCCCUGCGUCCAAAAUGCACCAUCCAACUUUGCUUGUGUCUUUCUCGGCUCCUACUCGUACAGCAUACACGACCUACUCGUCCGCCCGAGUUGCUCAGAAGGAGGCCCACCGGCUUGACGGCCGGGUUGUCCGUGGCCGAAAGCUUGUCGCGAAGAGCAACACCUUUGGAGGCAACUUUGCUGCUACUGUCUCUGGCUUGCCAGCAGACGCGACCAAGGAGGAGCUGCAGAAGCUCACCAAGGCGAGCAGCGUCUCCCUCGGCGAUCCGACGUUUGAUGCUUCUGAAGCUGUCGAGAUGUUGCAUAAUAUGUUAUCUGGAUUUGGCCCUCUCGAUUCCUUCGAUCUCUUGCCCACCUUACCGACGGAGAACAAAAUUCUCAUCUACGCCCGAUGUCAGAACGCUUCAGCUACCGACGCUGUUGUCAAGGACCUGCACGCCAAGUCGGUCGAGUUCCUCGGCAAUAGCCUCCUCUCCGUCGAGCAAGUUUAUACCGUUAAAUACACCGUUAUACCCAGAGAAUGGACCGGUCUUAAGACCGAACUCGAGAAGAUUGAAAAGGAUUUGGACGAUAAUCUCCGGCUUCGGACACCUCUUUCCGCCGAGGAACCGAUUUGGCUCCAAGGGAGCAGCCGGAAAGAGCUCGUCAAGGCGAAGAAACUUAUAGACAAUCUCCUCAUUGGAAAACGCUUGACCUUGCGCAACACUCCGUCGAUGCGCAACUGGUCUGUUUAUCUCGGCAAGGAGCUUAUGGCGACGGUGGAGAAAGAGACUGGAACUUUUAUCCAGUUCGACGAACGAAGCAACACGAUUACCGUGUAUGGCGCUGAAGAGACUGCCCUGUUGGCUCGCGAGAAACUCCAAGUCGCUCUCGCUUCCCAAGGUGGCACAACAGCGUCGACCCCAGCUCCGAUUUUCAUGACCCGGUCGGAGAUCUCGCCUUCCGACCAAUGUGACAUAUGUUCAUGCCCCGUGACGGACACCAUCCUGCGCGCAUCGACGUGCGGGCACACAUUCUGCUACGAUUGCAUACGAGACUAUAUCCUUGACGCGGCCCUGCCGCUUAAUUGUCCCGCCACGGCAUGUGCCGGGAUGCUCCCACUCUCGCUUAUCCGACUCGCCGUGCCCGACGAAACGGAAUUUGACGCUCUCUUAGAAUCUGCUUUCCUCACUCAUAUCCGCUCGCACCAAGAGUUUGCGUGGUGCCCCACCCCGAACUGCUGGACCAUCUACCGCUCUGGCUCUGGAAGCGAGGGCGACGUCUUACAGUGCCCGAAUUGCCAGACGAGGAUCUGCCCGGCGUGCAAGUUGGAGAUGCACGACGGCUUUGAUUGUCAGGAGCACCGAGGCACUGUUGACGAACAGGGAGCGAUGUAAUGCUACAACCACAACUAGGACGGAUCGUGCUCGAUCCCCCGCCCCGCCCUUCUCACCAGUGUUGAGAUCGGCUAACUUAGGAAGAACGGACGAAGAACAUGUACUACCAACCUUAGGGGUGUUGUACCACACGCAUGCAUGCAUGUACUGGCCUGUAGUCGAAAACCAAAACCAAGAACAAAACCAAACCAAACCAAACCAAACAACAAAGAAAGAAAGAAGGCACGAAAGGGAAAGGGAAAGGGAAAGGGAGGAGAUAACCCGAAUUUUUUAAGUUAUAGAAUGUAUGCACGCACGCUAUGCGCCACGCGCCACGUUUGUACCAACAGCAGCUUUCGUCGUCGUCGUCCUUCUGGGAGUUGUGCGAGUUGUGAUUUGUCUUCCCUUGUUGCUUGGGUGUACCUUUAUU